CAGCGACAUCCACUCUGAUGCCACCUCACAUGCAACUGUGAUGCAUCCGGUUUCUUCGGCGGGAUGUGAUCAUCGCUGUGUUACUUCGAUCUCACGACGUCGGAAUCCACAUCCAGUCACCUUGGGCAAUCCUACAGCGUGCGCUCCACGGCAAUGAUACCGGCCAUUGGAGGCAAGUUUGCCCGCCUGUGAUGACUCAAUGGCAUCAUCGUAGGAAGAUGAGCGUAGGUUUGCAGCUGCGAUAGAAGUAGUAGGUAGGCGACAGAUCCUUUGCGACGGAUGUUGAGUUUGCAGCCGCACAACCAACCAUCCAAUCCAUCCUGUCAUUAUCAUUUCUGAUUCAUAUCUCUGUACUUCUAUCAUUACACUUGGCAAGUAUCCUACAUCCAUUGGUCCUCUUGACACGAACCACGAUGCCCUCAAUCGUCCCCAUCCCCGACUCCCCCACACGCCCAGAGAACUCAUCAGGCGUAAUCAAGUUCACGAACUGUCUCCUCGUAAAAAACAACGCGCUCGUCCCACAAGACCUCUGGAUAAGUUCAACGACAGGAAAAAUCCUGAACGGCCAAGAAAUCCUCUACUCAUACCGCACCGCCCCCGAGCAAAUCGUCGACCUAGGAGGGCGCAUCCUCUCCCCGGGCCUCAUCGACACGCAACUAAACGGCGCCUACGGCUUCGACUUCUCCGUAAUCCCCGAAGACCGUGAUGGCGGCGCACCAGCCUACGCAAAGGGCGUUGCACGUGUAAACAGGAGUCUAGUAGCAACAGGCGUAACAUCCUACCUACCAACCCUCACCUCCCAACUCCCCUCGGUAUACCAAACCGCGCUCCCCUUCCUAGGCCCCUCAGGCACAUCCCGGGACGCGUCUCACGGUUCCGAAUCCCUCGGCGCCCACUGUGAAGGCCCCUUCCUCUCCCCCACCAAAAACGGCAUCCACAACACCUCCGUCCUGCGCACCCCAGACAACUCCAUCAGCAGCCUAGAAACCUGCUACGGUGCCUCAAACCUCACCUCCCCUUCCCCCAUCUCCCUCAUAACGCUCGCCCCAGAACUUCCCGGCGCACUCGAAUGCAUCCCCGCCUUAACCACCCAGGGGAUCCGCGUCUCAAUCGGGCACUCAGAAGCCACCUACGAGGAAGCAAAAUCCGCGAUAAAAGCAGGAUGUAGUAUGAUAACGCACCUCUUCAACGCCAUGCGCCCCCUCCACCACCGUAACCCAGGUAUCUUUGGCCUCCUCGGUACACCCUCGUCUUCCAUCACGAAACCAUACUUCGGUAUCAUAGCAGAUGGAAUCCACCUACACCCCACAUCCAUCAAGAUAGCCUGGAAUGCCCACCCUGACGGCCUUGUCCUCGUAACCGACGCUAUGCGUCUAGCCGGAAUGCCAGAUGGUACCUACGAAUGGACGAACGGGUCCAAGAUUAUCAAGCAAGGCCCCCUCCUCACGCUAGAGGAGAACGGGAAGAUUGCGGGGAGUAGCAUUCAGCUUGUAGAUUGCGUUAGUAAUUUCUUGAACUGGACCGGAGCGACGGUGCCGGAGGCGCUGAGGGCGGUUACGGAGACGCCGGCGAGGAUGUUGGGGUUGGAGGGGGUGAAAGGGUGUCUGGAUGAGGGUGCUGAUGCGGAUUUGUGCGUGUUUGAUUUGCAAGAGAAUGAGGGUGGGGAGAAGAGGUUUGUGGUAGAUGAGGUAUGGAAGUUUGGGGUUAGGGUUUUUGAGAGGGGGGUGGAGGCGUGAUUGGAGUAUUCUUUGUUCGCUUUGAUAUCAGAUUGUAUAGAGUAUCACACAUAUAUACAGCACUCCUGGCAUUAUUGGCAGUUCCUAGAAUGACAGCAUUAGCAUCACUAUACAGGUACCAACAUUUAUAACCCAG